GUUCCACGUCAGAGCACAUUUAAUCAUGCAACAUGGCCUGGGUCUAGUUUAUUUCAUGUCAUCUACUCCAAAAGCAAGGUCCAGCUCCAAAGUAUUAUAGCCUUCAGUACUAAAUAUGACUUGGUGAAAAAAUGGAAAAUGCCAAAGAGAUAUUGCAGGAGGAUGGUUUCCCAAAGUCAGGACUGGAGAAGAGAGAAACUACCAAAAGAAUUAUCCCCAAAAGGAUAAUCCACUUUGCAAAUGGAGACACUAUAGAUGAAUAUAGCACAGAAGAAGAAGAUGAUGAGAAAGAAGAAUUAAAGAGUACUCCAACACUUGAUACUACUAAACUUCCAUGGGGGCCAUACUUGAGAUUCUGGGCUAUAAGAAUGACAAGUGCUACAUUUUCCAUAUGUGACUUCCUAGGUGGGAAGUUAGCCACUUUGCUUGGACUUGAUGAACCCAAAUAUCAGUAUUUGUUAAAUGAAUACUACAGAACUCAAAAUCAGGAGAAUGAUAAGAAAGCUGAAGAUGACUCAAAGGCCCAGUCAACAGAGGUCUCUGAUGAAAAGCAGUGCUUGGAUAUCUAUGGCAAACAGUAUGGCACCAACGAAUAGAAGACGAUGGUGGACUUUACUUCCUAGGGAACCUUAACAAAUAUGGGAAAAGUGGCAGAAUCCAGUCCAAGACAGGAAGCAGCAGUCAGGGUUCCUUAUACCUCCUUUUCUUGAUCAUCAGUUGCUAUGGCAACAGAACCCCAGGAAGUAUUUCAUAGCUUAUCAAAUGGCCCAAAAGUUUCUCCAGUUCCCAUUAUCAAAUAGCAGGUAGUUAUAGCUUAUAAUCAGAGAAAUAUUUAUGACCUUUUCAGGAGUGGGAAACCUGCAGCCUCAAGGCCACAUAUAACCCUCUAGGUCCUCAAAUGUGGCCCUCUGACUGAAUCCAAACUGGCUCCAGGGAGAGGGGAGAUAAUGGGAGAAAGUAGGGGCAGCUGCUUUAUAUCAUUGGGAUUUAAAUAGUGAAGAACAGUGGUGAGGUAGUCAUCUAAAACUUUUUGGUGGGAAAUGGGAAGGAUAUCAUUUCUGAUGGGGCUCUUGGACUGUAUUUAGAUUAUAGGAUCACAGUAUAUGAGAGGGACUUCAGAGAUUGCCUAAUCCAACUUCCUCAUUGUAUAGCUGAGGAUAUUGAGACUCAAGAAGCUUUAAGUACUUGAGCAAUGUCAUGAAGCUAAUUGAUAGCACAGCUGGGAGGUGAAAGAUAAUAGCUCAGUAGAUCAUUUUGUCCAGUCCCUGCCUUAAAAUUUUAGUCCUGGGUUCUCAGCUAAGGACCGUGGGAUUUUUAAAGCCCUCCAGGAAGGAAGGUGUAUAAAAUCCACUCCAAACUCUGAUCCCUUCAGUUACUUUCCCAGCUGUUAAAUGGGAGUAAAUGCCUCCUCUAAGGAUUUCUGUACUCAAUUUAUAGGCAUAACUUUUGCCCAAGCAAAAGCUUUAUCCCCAAAGGCAAAAGAGUCCCAAGACAGCAAUAGCAAAAUCAUGGUAUCAGGACUGGCCUUUAUCUACUCAAAGAUUAUACCAAUUCAACAACAACACUUUCAAAAUGCCAUUGGAGUUCUCUAGGGUUCCAUUGACCUCUACACUUAUAUACAAUAGCCACUUCAAUUAAACCACUAUGUCUUUUUUUUUUUAAGCAAAAAACUCAUUUAUCCACAUCAACAGCAGGAUAGAAGUCAGACAAAGUGUAUGUAUGAGAAUAUAUACCAGAUAACAGUGAAGGAGGUCUCCCAAUGGGAGUGAGGUAUCUUAGCUCGACCAAAAGAGAGAGUUCCAGAUCUCAUCCAAGGGGAAAAUUCCAUAAAGUCUCAGUUUAGCUUAAGCUAAGGAGAGGGACAUGAUGGAGACUGCCAGCUCCUCUCAUGAUGGCUUCUUUCCAGAGUCUUUCUGUUUUCAAAACCACCUAACUCUUAACCAUCUACUCACCUCCCCCCAAAAAUUAGUU